GCGGGGGAGCGGCGAGGGUGUGACUGCUGGGCGGGGCCGCGUGCAAAACAAAAUCUGCCAUUGGUCCUGCUUCACGUAAGCCCCGCCCCGCUGUCCGCUGCCCACGAGGAAUGGGUUUUUAAGGGCGAUAGAACAAAUAUCUAUCUAUCUAUCUAUCUAUCUAUCUAUCUAUCUAUCUAUCUAUCUAUCUAUCUAUCUAUCUGUCUGUCUAUCUAUCUAUCUAUCUAUCUAUCUAUCUAUCUAUCUAUCUAUCUAUCUAUCUAUCUAUCUAUCUAUCUGUCUGUCUAUCUAUCUAUCUAUCUAUCUAUCUAUCUAUCAUGGGGACAAGGAAGGAUAGACAGGGGGAAAAUACACUUAAUGAAAAGACAAAGUUUUGAAGUACAUUAAAACGCGGUAGAGCCGUGCAGGUACACGCACAUGUAACGAUGAAAGUUAUCAUGCAGUCAUAUAUUGCUCUUUUUCCGGGAUUGGGGACUGUGUGAGCAGUUUGCAUGCCCUUUCCCUGUCCGGAUUCCUACCACAGUCCAAAAUCGUGUGCUUACGUUAAUUUUUAACAGUCCAGAAUAACAUUGCCGAAGCAGCUAAUAGAGUUUAUAUUUUAAUGAUUUAUACAGAUGAAUAUCUAACGGAACAGAAGUAUUCAGGCUACACACACAGACUGCUUAGAAACACAAACUUAUCGAAACUGCCUGUUUUUGGGGUUCUGUGUGUGUGGAGGAGGGGGGAGAUUUAACCCACAAUCCUGUAGGUGUGAGACCCACCGAUCAAUCCCAUUACUGGUUCAAGAAAAUUACAGUUUACUAGAUGCAGUGUCGUCAGUACAAGCAUGAGCAACACGCUUCAGUAACAUUUUAUGACAUUUUGGCUUUGGCAUAACAGGAGACUGCAGCACACGCGUCCGUCAUAAACCAUAUCCUUGGAGACUAUUUUGAAACUUGACUUGAACAUCUUUUCAUCAUCGGUUGCAGGGAAUAAUUUUGCUUAACACCAUGACGUUCAAAGUACACUUUGAGUAAUCGGAGCUGUCUGGGAUUUUCCUGCCCCAAACUCUUUCCGCAUUCCUGUUUACUGUGAGUUCCAGGUGAACUGUAUUCGCUUCAGACGCGCAGUAUUACUGUCCAAGGUGGGUAGAAAUCGCAGUCACGCAGUACGGGUUACCAUCAUGUCAGUAUCUUCUGUGGCUCCCAGGGUGGUUAUCAAAAGGAGAGAGCAAAUCACAGCGUUGCCGUUGUACUACUACGGAGAUUUGCAGAUGAAACGUGGAGGAGAACAGGAUUUUAAAAAUUUCUUCGCCGAGUUACGGGGUUGCACGAUCUUCCUCUACGCAGACUCGAAGCACGACUCGUACUCCGAGAAGGUGCACCUCCAGGACAUGAAGGCAAUUACUCUCCAUAAAGCGUCAAUGCGAAGCAGCUCAAUGAUCUACAUUCUGAGACUACAAAAUGAGGAAAUCCAUCUGAAGAUUGACAGUCAGGAGGCUGGCGAAGAGUGGAGGGGCUUUAUUACGACUGUGGCCUAUGGACCCGUGUCGUUCCAGCUCCAUAUUCCCCAGGACCUGCAGCUGCUUCCAGGUCAGAUGGUGAGGAUACAAAACGUCCUGGAGCAGGAGAUACAGAGGAUCGACUCGUUCCACGCCUCAGAGUUCAGUGACCCGCUGUCCUUCCCACAAACGAUUCCUGAUGAGGCUUACGAGGACGUGGUCGUCCAAAUGCCCCCCUGCUUUUGUACCGUCUCCCGCGAAGAGGCAGAGACGAUGCUGGAGGACCACCCAGAGUACGGCAGCGUCAUCCUGCGUCCGGCGACAGACGGUAUCAAUUACGCGGUCACCAUAAGGCAGCUAUUCGACAGGAACUCUGUGAUAAAACACUACAGGGUGUGCUCCCAGAACAGGAGCUUCGUGAUCGAGCUGAACAGCCCGGUUACAGUUUCCAACCUCGAUGACGUCGUGCAGUAUUUCUUAAAGGAAACCUCACACCGCCUGAAACCUUUCGUUCAGCCCCAGAAUUACGACAGUCUAAUCGUUCGGCCAUCUGAGAGGAUUAUUCUCCCAAGGAGUCCCUCAGCAGCGACCGCAUCGAAGGCCAGAGUCACGCCCACGGUCCAGAGUCCGACCCUGCUGGCCGCCCAGCCUUCAUCGCCGAGACGAUCUCCUGUCCUGAUACACACACCAGAGGAUGAAGCUGAUUAUAUCGUCCCAGACGUUAUGUAGAAAGGUGAAGGGAGGGGGGGCAUGAAAAGAGAAGGAUUAUUCCAUUUACGAACAUAAUACCCCAGGAAUCCAUCUGUCCAUCUAUCCCAGGCGACGUAGGGUCUAAGGCAGGGCAUUCCACACACACACACACACACACACGCACACACACACACACACACACACACACACACACACACACGCACACACACACGCACACACACACACGCACACGCACGCACACACACACACGCACGCACGCACGCACGCACGCACGCACACACGCACACACACACACACACACACACACACUGCUUCUGUCCCUCUCCUGUAAAUGCAGUUCAAUGUAGCCUGACUUACAAACACUCUCUAUGAUGGUAUGAAUAAGAACCUCUUUGUGAAGAAGGAGCAGUAGUAGGAUAAAGUUAGAGGAUAUGGUGGAUAAUCUCUCAGCACUCCGUACACUCUAUUAUGGUAAAAGCUUAGGCUCUUGAGCACAUUUUUAUCACGCAGUAAACGUAGGAGAUCCAUAUGCUGUAUGUUUUAGACUCUAUGAGUACAGUCUGCUUACACAAAUAUUAAGGUACGGUUGGCUGAUUUCAUCUGUGAACCACAUUCUGAAGCACGGCUACACCGAGGUGAUGGACUAUUCGAAUGAUUCUGAAGAUAAUGAAUAGCAAUCCAGAGAGCUGAGUGAUUAAUUGAGGAUUAAAUGUUGCGUUGACCCCUUUUCAUGGGUCUACAGAUACCUUUGUUAAGCCAGCUGGCCCUGCUUAGAACAAUCAGCUGGUUUAGGACCAAUAGGGCCAACUGUGCUGAUUCGUUAUUAUUUUAAUAAUGCAGGCGGCCCCCAGGUUAUGAAUGAGAUCUGCACAAUGAGUCCGCAUUUAAGUCAAAUUUGUAUUGAUGCAUAAUAAUACUAAUAAUAAUGCAGUAAUAAUAAAAUUAGCUACAUACCCCAGUAUGAACAUGGAAGCCACAGAAUGUUUUCACGAGCGAUACAAAGUAACACCUGCAUUCAUGAUGCUGUAACAUUGCAUUUAACCUGGGUUUUCAGUGUAAUUGGCUUUAUACCACCCUGUAAGUACGAGGUCCCUGUAUGUCAGAUGUUCUUAACCUGGGGGCCUCCUGUAAUGUUUUGGUUUGUUUAAAUCCGGCUGUAUGUUGGCUUUGAUUUGCCUGUUGUCAAUAAAUUAUAUAAUUUAUGUGAUGCUCCAAA